UGCCAGGAGAUGAUAGAGGUCUGUUAGUAUAAUUGCCCUGAACCUCAUAUUUUCCAAAGUUUGGACUAGUCUAAAUUUAAAUUAAGUGAUGGAUGUCCCUUCCUGUGGGAAAUUAUUCCAGAGUCAACCUCACCCCUAGGAAACAUUUCUUGUGAUUCAGCCUAAUUGAGGGACCAACAAGAAAGGAUGAAAUCAACAGACCUGUGCCUUAGCUCUCGAGGGGCUGAAGUUGUUCUAGCCACAUCAAGUGAUGAAAAAUACCCCCCUGAAAACAUCAUUGAUGGAAGUUCAGAAACGUUUUGGACAACAACAGGAAUGUUCCCCCAGGAAUUCGUUAUUAGUUUUCAUAAAUGUGUAAAAAUCAGUAAACUCACAAUCCAGUGUUACUUAGUGCGGAGUUUGAGGAUUGAGAAAAGCUUAUCUAAAGAUCCAGCAGAUUUUGAAGUGUGUACUGAAAAAGAUUUACAAUACACAGAAGGGGCGCUUCAAACGGAAGAAUUUUCUCUUCCUGAAUUCCAAGCUACCUACUUGCGAUUCAUUAUCAAAUCUGCCUUUGAUCAUUUUGUUUCAGUGCACACAGUGAUGGCAGAAGGAGUAGCAGAAAAUCUUUAAGACCAAAUUUAAAGAAUUGCCUCAAAUUAUUUUGUAAUAUUUGUAGUAUAAAGGAUAUAUUUAUUAUUCAAACGUUAUAUUAAAAUGGAUUUUUGAAAUAUGGCUCUAGUAUGUCGUGUCCCCCCUCCCCCCAGCCAUUUAAUGUGUAAUGCAGUACAACUAUUAACUCUGGUAAUACGUUUGUAGUUUUCCAAUGUAGAGUACAAAUGUUGAAGAAUUACUUUUUGCUUAACCAUUAACAUAUGAGUAUAAUGGAUUCCACUUCUGAAUUGCAAUAUGUUGAGAUUAAAAGGCUAUUUACCA